AUGGCGUUGGAGCCUCAGGUGCAAGACAUUUUGGCAGAAGCGGCGGCUGACGAGGUGCGCUUCGACGAGGCCUCGCCUCUCCCUGCGGCCUGGGCGGCGGCGGCGGCGGAAGCGUGGCCGGACGAUGCGCCGCCCGCAGCGCCAGGGUCCGUCCGCCGGCGCUUGCGCGGCAAGACAGCGCCGCCGCUGGAGUGGCAAGACGAGGUCGCUUUCCAACCACGCAGGGCCGAGGAAGCUGUGGCGGGCGGGUCCAUGAAGCGGCCGGCGGCACGGGCGCGGAAUCCCUGCGAACUCUGCCCCGGGCAAGGCCCUGCCGCGCCUUGCAUAUUUGCCAUUAGAGCCGAUGUCGCGGGGAGCCCCGCCAGGAUGGACAAGGGGCGCGCUCGAUGUCUUUGGUGCGACCCCCCGGCCUUGCUCCAAGCAGGCGAGCUGCCGCAGCGGCGGAAGCAAUUGACCCGGGCUUUGAGGCAGUGGCAAGCCGCCGGUCGAGUGGACGUGGCUGAAGCCGCGCUGGCCCGUUUGCCAGAGGCCGCGCGGAGACAGAUCGAUGCAGCUAUGCAGCGUCCCUCUCGCGCAGCGGUGGCGGAGCGGAAGGCCGCAGCUGCGGAAGCUCAGUCCUGGACUCACUUGCUACAGCGUCGGCAACAAUUGGGUGAAGCCUUCGGAGAUGCUGCCGCAGCCACCUAUCGUCGAGGCCAAGCAGAAGACGGUCGUCGUCUGCGGGCGAAGUUCGGGCCGCUACUGUCGGCCAGGGCCGAAGGCGAUGAUUCCUGGCGCUCUGCGGCGGCGGCGAAGUUUGAGACCUGGUGCCGCAACACUUCUUGGACCAUGUGCGAACAAUGCCAUCGCCUGCAGAAGCGACCGCUUCAUGAGGUCGACAUUUCGGGGACGAGGCCACGGAAGAACUGCGUCGCCAAGUGUCUGCAUUGCGCUAGUGGCUCUGGCUAUCCGACCGUUGCCCCGGAGCAGAUUCCGGAGGCUCUUCAGCAUCUGCCGCCGAAUGUCCUCUGGGCCCUUCGUCCGCUGGAGCCAGAUGUGGGCAGGCCCGUGUGGGCCCGGCAUGGCUAUCGGGUGCACACAGACAUGAUCCGUUUCUGGUGGCGGCCGCGGACGGUGCGCCAACAGAUCCAGCAAUUGGUGGUUCCUGAAGAGCAAGCUCGAGCCCAAGAUGUCUACUACUAUUUGAUGGCAUCCCAUGAGUCCUCCUACAGCCGCUUUGUGGAGAUGCACGAGAAAUUCCUUCGGCGCAACCGGGCGGCUUUGACCGGGAGCGCCAACGACAGAUUGCUGCAGCUGCCUCGCCGGGCCUUGGAAGAAGAGGGGCUGGAAUGCGCAGAUGUCCGGCGCCGGGAUCGCGCAGCGCGCCAGCGACCCGGCAGUGCUUUGCUGGCUGACGCCACGGAUGGCCCGAGCAGUUCGGAGACCGAGGCAGAUGACGCCAGGCUUGCAGCUGGCAACGAGGCGGGCGAAGAGGAUUCGGAUGCAGAGGUCGCGGCUCCUUUGGACUUCGCUCGGGCCGGCCGCAAUUCGGCCAAGAGCGCCUAUCUCGCCAAGGUUCUCGGGCCCACGUUGGGAUAUGGAUCCACCUACGAGGUCUUCCAGUUUGUGUACGACCUUUGGCUGUGGAGCGCCCUCGGCGCCAAGCGCAAUGCCGUGGAGGCGCCCCUGCGGCUGGCCAUGGGCGGCUACUCCUUCGCUCCGGAGUACUGGCACACACGCCACGCAGCUCUCGUGGACUUGGUGCGACAGCUGGGGUUGCCAACCCUGUUCCUGACAGUGGCUCCCUACGAAUGGUCCUUCCCGUUUCACCGCUGGGUGGAAGAUGAAGCCACGAAGCUCCUGCGGUCCCGCUUGCACUUGCCCGUGGCAGAAACGCUGCGCAUUGCGCACGUGUUGACGCAGACGGUGGUUGGCUUCUUGACAGGGGCAAACAAGCAGACUGGGCGCAAGACGGAGCAAGCUUGGAAGAGCCACGUCUUCGCGGCAAAAGACGGCUCCGGCAAGAAGACGGUGGUGAACUUCUUCUGGCGUCUGGAAUACCAAGACGGCAAGCGGCGCCGCUACAUCGGAGAGGAAGAGGUCGCGGCCCAGUUCUACCAUGGCAGGGGCACCGUGCACUUGCAUUUGUUGGUGUGGCUGCAGCACGUGGAAGCGAUCUGCUUGGAGUCCGCUGUCGCCGCGACCGUGCCGGAGGACAACGAGGUGGUGGCCAGCCUUGUCAAUGGCUCGCAAAGAUCCUGGACGGGCAGCGGGUGGCCGCGCCACGACGGCUCCUCCUUCUACGAUGCAGAGAAGGGUCUCUUGCGCUUGCAUCAUACUGCGGAGGAUUGGUGCACCCGCAACCCCGCGGGCACGGCGGAAGGUGUGCGAGCCUACCUUGUGGAUCUGCUGACGAGCCUGCACUGCCAUGUGGACGUGCAAAUGUCGGAUGGCCGAGGCCUGCUUUUGAAGUAUGUUUCGGGCUACGUUCCCAAAUUCAGUGACAGCUUCACCACCGACUGGCUCAAUGAUGCCUGCAGCAACUACUGUGUGGCCAAGCGAGUGCUUUGCGACUACCACCCAUUGGAGCCGGAGAUGGCCUUGCAAUUGGCCAUGCAGUGGUUCCCUCAAUGCUUUUCGAAGGCCACGCUGCAGAGGUUCCGUGUCCCG